UAUUUCAUGUAUUUAUCCGUUCAGUAGAAGGCAAAAUAGAAUGUAUUGGUUUUCAAUUUAAGAAGCGUUUAGGGUUAUCUUCGAAAUGAUUGAAAGUCAUUAAAAAGAAGUAUUAAACACACAAGCAACAUGUGGGAGCAAGACAGAGAACAAAAACCUCCUGUUUACAAGUUGGACAAUUUGGCAGUAGGACUAACUCAACUCCGCAAUGAAAACAUUCUCUGUGAUCUUUUGAUACAUUUAGAAGAUGGCUCCACAGUAUGGGCUCACAAAGCUGUUGUCUGUGCUGUCAGUCCAUACAUUCUACAACUUUGCCAAGCAGAACAAAGUAAAUCUCAAUCCAUGAUGUAUAUCAACUUGAACCAUAUUAAUGUCACAAAUGAAUCCUUGCAUUUGAUCGUGAACUAUAUGUAUGGAUGUGAGAUCGUUGUGUCAUCGGAAAACCUCCAGGACAUGAGAGCACUGGCUAAUGUCUUACAGUUAGAAGAUCUGAAGGAAUCUCUGUCUGAGAAUUUUAAUGUUGAGGACCAUGAUGAGGCCACUCAACAUGAGAAAGCAUCAGCAUAUAAUGAAGCAAGUGGUUUAAGUACAAGCAUCAAAGUUGAACCAUGUGAAGAUAUACUGGACACUAGUAACAAUAUAAUAAGUUUAUCACCAAACAUUGAAAGAGACUACAAUAAGAACAACAGUACAAAUCAUACAGACUUUGAUAUUAAACUAAAUGAUGCUGAUGACAUGGAUGAUGCUGAAGCAGAUGAUUAUGAUGACAGUGUUGGAGAUAUUGAAACUCCAACUAAGAGAAGGAAGAAGUCAAUGGAGUUGUAUGCAGCAGGACAAGAAAUCCCAGGAGUAAAGCCGACACGCACUAAUUGCUACACCAUCGAGUACAAAUUACAGGCAGUGGAAUACGCUCGUCCUCACAACAUCUCACAGACUGCAAAGAUGUUCAAAUCGAAUCGCAAGUGUGUGCGAUCGUGGAUUCAAAAUGAGGCAGAAUUUAGACUUAUGAUGGAACAAGGGAAAUCUUAUAAAAAGCGAUUAUCUGGAUCGGGUCAAAGAUCACAUUUUCCACAGGUUGAAACUAUUUUAUUGAAAUGGAUAACUGAACAAAGGGCUCUUGCUAACAAGGUAACUGAUAGACAUCUGCAAGAGAAAUGCAGAGAACUUGGUGAAAAAAUGGACCAACCAGUAAAAGGAAGCUAUCAAUGGAUGUAUAGAUUCAAAAUACGGCAUAGGGAUUCCUUGGUCAAAUUAAACCAGGGUUGGAUUUCUUAUAAUAAUACUGCAUUCAUUAAUCUGCCUAAGGUUGUAGACGCUAGGAAGUCUGUGGACCCUUCUCCCGGAUUGUCAUGUCCAGCCAUUAAUAGUAGAGAACAUUCGUCAUCUCAAGCUUUCGAUGAUAGAGUGCGAUCCGAGGCUUGUGAACCUACAUUACCAUCAGUAAAAAUAAAAGUACAAUCUAAUGAUUAUGACAUGACAUAGUAUUAAAAGCUUAUCCAGAUGAUAUUAGAACCCUGAGAAAUGUGAAGUAUACGUUUAAUAGUAUAGCAAAGACUAAACUAUGCGGAAGGAGGUUUUUAGCAAUAUUGACACAUUCAAAAAAAUUUCAGUCAAUAGAUUCUAAGAGAUAAGAUAAUGCUAGAAUGUACAAAAUCUAAUAAAAUUAUUUAUUUUGUAUGUCUGUAAUUUGUAAUGUCAUUCUGUACAACGAAAUAUAGUAAAUAACUCCUAUUUUGUAGCUUAUGAAUGAUUGUUAUUUUGUAAUAUGGCUGUCAAUUUGUCUUUCAAAAUGGCAAGUGAUGAGUGUGGAUUUUAUAAUAUUUUAGUUUUCUUUGAUUUAAACAUUGUACUAUAGUGAUUAGGUACUGAAUUGUAAAUUUGAUUACACUUAAAAGAACAUGAGUUCCUGACACUCCAUCAUCUUAUAUGGUUACAAUUUUAUUAAUGUUAAUCAGUUACUUUGUCAUUGGGGAAAACAGAAAAUUCAUGUCAGUGAAAUCAUGAAAUCUGAAUGAAAUGAUUCAUGAAAUCAAGAUUUCAGACAAACCUCCACAGUAAAUUGGUUUUAAAUUCAAAGAAAACAAAAAAAUAUUGACAUGUAUCGCUAAAAAGUGUAUACAUAAUAUUCUUUAUAUGAAAAAUAAAUAUAAAUAUCAUGACUGUAUAAAAACAUCAAUAGAAAGCUACAGUGUGAGUCAACAAGAGUUGUCUGAAUCUUAAGUCAUAUGAAAAAGAAUAGUCAAGACUCUACUUCAAUUGCUCACAUGUAUUUAUAGAACGAGAGAGAGGAAACUAUCCCG